UCACCCACGGCCAUUUGAUGACAAGCCUAGUGAAUACGUUGACUGGCCUUUCAUGUCAGUCAUGUUCUGGGGAGAAAAUCCAACUGGACAAUGGACCCUUAACAUCAGGACUGGUGAUGUAACUGGUGUUGCCGUUGUUAGUAGGGUGGAGUUUCAGUUCUAUGGAGUGUCCAGAGUGCAGUGCCAGAGGCAGUGGCAAACAUUCCUGAGCAGUGUCAUUCUGACUGCAGCAGAGGGUAUGCUAGAGAGGGCUCCAACUUCUGUGACUCAUGUGUCAACCUCUGCAAUGCAUACACUCUGGAGUGUAUCAAUGAGUGUCCACCAGGCUACACUGAACGUAGUGGCUACUGUUAUGAUGCAAGCCUACCUACCAAAGAGUGCAAUUUUCCUCUCAAGAACAAAGAGGGGACAGGCUUCACUCAAGACUAUGAGGCCGUGUUCAGGCUGGAUUUACAGAGUGCUGUACUAAUGGAAACUGUGCUUCUGCCCAAUUCCACCCUUUCAAUUGCUUCUGCGAUGCUGUUUGCUACAAUUUUGGAGACUGCUGUUAAGAUGUGGCCAACAUCAGCUGCUCAGAGGAGAACGUUAUGGAGACAUUUCGCUAUGUUGAUCUGGGAGUAACACCUGGUGUAAAAACACACUCAGUUGACACUGGAGGAGUUUCACAGUCAAUCAAUGUAUCAUUUCCUUUUGGGAGCUCUCUUGAGCCAAGAAUUUAUGUGUUAAGAAAUGGCUCCUUCUUAUUUAUGGCUGAUGUAACACAAGAGGAAACCUAUACUGGAAUUGUAUCUCCUUUCUUUAGUGAUAACGAAUCAACGAUCCAUCAAGAGGCUCAAUCUCAUACGAGAUCCACCAGUGGAACAGUUCCCAGCACAUUCUCUCCCUUGUUAAUCAGGUAAUCAAUCAGCAUAUGAACACUAACUUCAAUGGGAGCUGGGUUCUCGUUGUUACCUAGAAUAAUGUCCAACCAGUUGCGGAAAAAUAAUACCAACACCUUCCAAGGGAUGCUAGUGACAGAUUUUACCACAUCCUCUUAUGCCAUAUUUACAUACCGCUCUGGUGAUAUGAGUUUCUCAGAUCCUGGACUAAUUGGGUUCUCCAACAAUAAUGAUGGUCUGAACAUCACGCAUGGAGCCACGUACAGGGAACAUCCGUAUUUUCUAUCUUGUCUGAACGAGCCCAACAGUGAGUGGGUGAAUGUGGUCUACGAAAUUGCAAGUUCAGUUGAUGAGUGUGAAACUGACAAUGGUGGCUGUGAGCAGGUCUGUACAAACACCUUCCUCUCAUACAACUGCAGUUGUAAUGAUGGAUAUAGUUUGAAUGCCGAUAGGCAUACAUGCUUAGACGUUGAUGAAUGCCUGGGCCCAUACCAUGGGUGUGAGUAUUGGUGUGAGAGUACUGUUGGCUCCUAUAUUUGUGCCUGUAAUGAGGGCUAUGAGCUGAAUGCUGAUGGGCGCACCUGCACAGAUAUCAAUGAGUGUCGUAUCCACACCAUGGCAGUGCACAGACGUGCGAGAAUACAGUUGGAUCUUAUAUCUGUAGCUGCAGUACUGGCUAAGAGUUGA